AUGAGUCACGUUAAAAAUCCUUCUCCUGCUGCUUCUUCGGCAUUACAAGAAAAUCAUCAUGAUGAUGCAUCACCAUACUCGGUGGGUGAUAUCAUUUGGUUAAAAGUACCAGGAUGUCCCUAUUGGCCUUCUAAGAUUCUCAAUUCCAAUGACAAGUCCAUUCCAUCGACCGUCUUACAAGCAAGAGAAUCUUCUCAUCACAUUCUUGUAGAAUUCUUCAAUGCAGAAGAAGGUGAAGAAUAUUAUUGGAUCGAUUUAUCAAAAGAGAAUAAUCAUAAAUUAUUCUCAUCAGAUCCAUACAUGUUAGAUUCCAAUCCAAGUGCAUUAAAACAUCCCUUAUUAAAGAAGGCUAUUAAAAUGGCUAAAGAACAGUGUGGUAUUGCAGUAGUGACAUCUCAAAAGAAGUCUUCUAAAAAGAGAAAGGAUGAUGCAAGUGAUGAAAAGAGAAAGGAUGAUGUAAGUGAUAAAAAGAGAAAGGAUGAUGCAAGUGAUGAAAAGAGAAAGGAUAAUGCAAGUGAUAAAAAGAGAAAGGAUGAUGCAAGUGAUGAAAAUGUUGAAGAAGAGAAAUCUAAUGAAAUGAUGACACAACCUCAAAAAAAGACAAAACAUUCUCCAGUGGAUAAAGUAGUAUUAACUGAUGAUGAAUUAUCAAAUAUUCAAAUAGAAUUGGAUCAGGCCAUUUCAAAUCAAGAUUUAAAUUCUAUCAAGGAAUAUAUCAAAUUUAUUCAUGACAAGUGUACGGACAUUACUGUUGAACAAUUGAAAAAAGUUAAAAUUGGUAAAUCAGUGGCUAGUUUAAGAAAAAGUGAAGAUCAACAAGUAGCAAGUAUGGCUAAAGAAUUGGUGAAACAAUGGACGAAUAAGGUAAAUGUGGAAUCGAAUACUUCAAGUAAUAUUACUGUACCAAGUACUACAGUCUCUCAGAAGAAGAGUCAGUCUGCAACGAGUAGUACUACUACGAAUUCAAUGAGUUCAACCUCAGCACUGACCAAAUCUGCAAAAAAACCCAAUACCUCUAAUAUCACCACGAAUACCAUGAAUACCAGUGCCACCACUACGAAUACCACAAUGAAAACCAAUCCCACUACCACAACUACCAAUACCAAUACCAACACCAACACCACCACGAAUACCCCUUCCAACAAACCUGUCAAAUCCUUAAUCACGACAACAACCCCUCAAAAACCACCAGUCAAACCUCUCUCCAAAUCGACUAGUAUGAGUAGUAAUUUAUCAUCAAACUCUAGUAAUUUAUCAUCAAACUCUAGUAGUAAUUUAUCAUCAAACUCACACUCAAUCAAAUCACCACCAACCACUCCUGUACCCACAAUGGAUUUGAGUUCAAUUCCUCAAGUUGCAGAUGAAUCUAGAAAUAGAUGGAGAACCAAGAUUGCCCAAGGUCUUUCUCUCGUUAAAGAUGCUACUGAGAGUAAGGUCAUUGAAUUGUGUGUUGAAAUUGAAAAUGCAGUAUUCAAUUACUUUAAAUCCAAUCCUCAAAUUCAUAACCAUACCUAUGAUGAUCAAUGUAGAACAUUGGGUAGAAAUUUGUGUGAUUCCAAGAAUGAAGACUUUAGAUCCAAUGUGUAUCAUGGUGUGAUUGUAAUGGAUGCACUUCCAACCAUGAAAGUACAAGAAAUGGCAUCAAAGGAGAAACAAAAAGAACGUCAAAUUUUGCAAGAAAGAAAACAACAUCAAGAUAUGGUUGCGAAACCAGCAGAAGUGGAAUCAAGCAUGUUUAGAUGUGGUAAAUGCAAACAAACCAAAUGUACUUAUUUUGAAAUGCAAACAAGAUCAGCGGACGAACCAAUGACUGCUUUUAUUACAUGUCUCAAUUGUGGAAAUAAGUGGAAACAGUAA